GUGCCACCAGAUGACAUGACCACUACUUUGCGGGAUGCAGUUGCGAGAAGGGUUCAGUGGCGGAGAGCUGGUAUUGAUAUUGAUCCAGCAGAUGCAGAUUCAGUAUGGACCACUGAACCUCAACCACAGAGUUCUCCGUUGCCACCGACAUUUUCUGAGCCACGGCCACAGCUGCCGGAUCCAUGGGAAGCGUUUCCGGAUCCGCAUCCUCCUGUCCCUACUCAGCCUCAGAUUACCCCCCUCCACCUGUUCCGAUAGAGUCAGCUACCGUUCCCAAGAAGCCAAGCAAGGCUAAUCCUGUGAGGAAGAAGCAGAGUAGGCCGAUGCAGAGGAAGCAGAAGAUCUCAGAGGGUAAGAAAAAGGUGGAGGAGGUAAAAAACCCGGUUCCAUUACAUUACACUUCUGAGAAUCCAAAGUACAGGGUUGGAAAGGCCUUGCUUAGUUCCUCUGAGCUUUGGAGAGCAGGUCAAUAUUGUAUGGACCUGCACAACUACUACAUACACAAUGCCGAUAAACUCCAGGAUAUCAUAGUGGCAUACAAAGAGCGGCACUUUCUGCAGCUUGAGGGCACUGAAGGCAUCUUUAUUGUUGCCUUCUCCGAUUUGUUCGACCUUUUCAACCUCGACGCUUUGGAUCUUUCUCUUGUUCGAUGCUUUGCAUUGCACAUGCAACAAGAGACAAGGUGUCGAACCGGAAAGAAGUGUGGGUACAUUGACCCACAGAUGAUGAUAGUGACACUAAUGACUUUAGAUAGAGAUGGCUUGGUCCGGUGUGCACAUGCAACAGUUAAACUUGUUUUCAUUUCAACUUGUAGCCACAUGUAGUCACUUGUUUCCAUUUAACACAUGUAACCGCUUGUUUCCAUUUCAACUUGGUCAGGUACAUUGUGAAGUAAAUGC